AUGUCUCACCUACUAUUUGCCUUGCUUUCAUUAUUUUCCUUUGCUGCCCUUCUGGAAGCACAGUGGAAACUGCGGGAAAACGUGUACGUCAUCGAAUCAGAGUGGAAUGACAAGACACCAGCUAAAAGAGUGGAGCUCACCUGUAACACAGCGGAUGAAGCACUGCCGGUUUACUGGAAAAAGGGCAUGGAACUGAAAGGAACUGGAAAAACGCUGAUUGCCGAAGUGAAAGAGUUCCCAGAUGCUGGCAACUACACCUGUCUGACAGCUGAUACCCAUGAAAUCAUCAGCUACGAUUUCUUCCUCAUAACUAAAAUAGACUCCAAUGGGCAAAUGAUAAGAUCAAUUCUAAAAAGCUUUAAAGAGCCGAACAGGACAUUUUUAAAAUGUGAGGCAAAGAACUACUCUGGAAUUUUCAUGUGUUCAUGGAUGACAGAAAAUGAGAGUCCAAAUGUGAAGUUCACAAUCAGAAGUCUAAAAGGCUCUCAAGGAGAUGUAACCUGCAGCAGCCCUGUAGCUCGCACUGAUAAAUCAGUGACAGAAUACACAGCCCAGUGCCAGAAAGAAAACUACUGUCCAUUUGCUGAAGAGCACCAGCCAACUGAGAUGUUCCUGGAGGUCAUCGAUGAGGUGGAAUAUGAGAACUACACCAGCAGCUUCUUCAUCAGAGAUAUCAUAAAACCCGACCCACCCCAAUGUCAGUAUGUGGCGACAAAUGGAACAGUGACCUGGACGUAUCCCAGAACGUGGAGCACACCGACGUCCUACUUCCCCUUGACUUUCAGGGUCAAAGUUGAAAAUACAAAGAAACGCAAAAGCCAGGUCUACGACGCUGACGAGCAGUCCAUUCGGAUUCCAGCGGCUGGGCCAAAAGACAAGAUCUCAGUGCAGGCCAGGGAUCGCUAUUACAACUCAUCCUGGAGUGCGUGGUCUUCACUUUGCAGGUGAGACUUAAAGAACCUUCUGCUGGAGGAG